UUUUAUUUAUUUUACUCCACAUUUUUUUUUUAUUAUUUUAUUUUCUGAAAAUGUUUUUUAAACGUUUUUUCCAUUCUGCAAUCCAGCUACAAAAGAAUUACUAUAGAAUUCUCAAUUUAGAUGAGAAAGCUAAUAAAAGGGCUAUAAAGUUGAAUUACUAUAAACUAUCAAAAAAAUACCAUCCUGAUCUUAAUCCAAAUAAUAAGAAAGCCCAUCAAUCAUUUUUAGAAAUAAACGAAGCCUAUGCUGUAUUAGGCAAUGAAGCAAAUAAGAAAAAAUAUGAUUUAGACUUGAAUAAUGAUACGAAUGAAAAUACAUUAUCCAAACAUUAUUAUUAUCCAGCAACAAAGGGUUCUAGCAGUAGUACACAUGCCUGGACGGCUUAUAGAAACCGAAGGGCACCUAGGACAACGGGUUCACAGAGUGCACAAGCACAAGCAGAAAAGAUGAAAUGGAAACAAGCUGGUGGUGGUUUUAAUUAUACUGAACAUUAUCAUCGGCAUUAUGAAGCAGAAGAAUACAGACGUAGAGAAAGAAUGGAAAAUGCUGCGAAAAGGCGAAGAGCAGCUGGAGAGGAAAAUAUACACCCUUAUCAUCCAUCUUCAAUGUCCGGUAAAACAAGCGACAUAGGACAUACUUGGGGUCGUAUUUGGCGGCUGGGAGUUGUUCUGACAGGCAUCGCCUAUGUUACUCAAAUUAUAACUUAAUAACAAAUCUUCAUCAUUGUUGAUUUACACAUUCUUCUAUUCAUAUUUAGAGAUUUACUUCUUUUCUACUCUAUUGUAUACAUGUCUAAAAUAAUAAAUUGUAAAUAGCUCCUAUUUUUCUUUUUUUUUUUAUAAAAAAGAAAGAAA